CCUGCCCUGCCCUCCCCAGCCCGUCUCCUCCCCCUUGCUGUCGGUGCUGAUGCUGAGCUCUGUUCCCUCAGUCUCUGAAGGGACUGUGUGAGUCUCAGUCUCCCCGAGAGCAGCGUGUUCGAUCCCGGGCUGUUUCCGGCUCCGAGUGCGGCUUUCUCCGGGAUUGGGGAAUUUCAGGGGAAGGGGGUUUAAGGGAAGGUGGGCUGGGAAUCAUUAGCGCGCCCGGAAUUGAGGAUGGAAGCGCUUUGAGUGGGUUGCAGUUCAGGGGAGAUGCUGGGGGUUUAACAACAAGUGAAUCUUUGUCAUUUCUCGGUCGGUUGGGAAUUUAAUCUCGGGGGUUUGUGUGGGGGGUUUUUUUGGGGGGUGGGGGGGGGUGGGGGUGGGAAGUGCUGGGGUCGACCAUGGGCUGUGCUCUGUCCGGGACUGGGCUCGAUCCCGGGAAAGCCGCUGGGGAUGUGAACAGUCCGGUUCCUCGCUCAGAGGCGGCACGGUCAGAGCUGAUAGCCUCGGACUCUGACCCCCCUCUGCCUCUGUCCGAGCAGCAGAAAGAGCUCAUUCGGCAAUCCUGGGUGAUCCUGCAUCAGGAUAUCGCCAGAGUCGGCAUCAUCAUGUUCAUCAGGUCCCGGGAGAGCGAUGAACUAUCAAGGUUGUUUGAAACUCACCCUGAAUGUAAAGAUGUCUUCUUCCUCUUCCGUGACAUUGAUGAUCUUCAGCAGCUGAAGAUGAGCAAGGAGCUACAAUCUCACGGGCUCCGUGUAAUGUCCUUCAUCGAGAAGAGUGUGGCCCGACUGGAACAGGAAGACAAACUGGAGCAGCUAGCUUUCGAACUUGGCCGAAGCCAUUGCAGAUACAAUGCUCCCCCGAAGUAUUAUGAGGGUCUGUUUGAUUAUUUAACGCGGACGAUGAAGAGGGGUUACUAUGACGCUGAGCAGAGCAACAACAUCAACCAAUCGAGUCACACAAAGCGGAGAGCUCAGUCUGGGCUGAAGGCCAAUCAGAACGCGGUGUAA